AUGGAGCCAACUCCUCUCCUCCUGCUCCUCAGCCUGGGCUGGACUUGCAGCGGCCGGCUGACUGUGCUGCCCCAGGAACCGCUAGUCCAGAUUGGAGGAUCCAUUCAGUUGAACUGCUCCUUGGACUGUCCGGAUGGGACGCCCCAGUGGAAGGGGCUGGACACCAACCUGGGGAACAUCAUCUCCACCCCCACCUAUAGCCUCCUGCUCAUCACCAAUGCUGCCGUAGCCAUGGAGGGCACGAAGUUCUGCGUGGGGAACUGCCAAGGGAAGUCCCACCAGGGGUCGACCAACCUGCAAGUGUACUCUCUUCCAGAUACAUUGCAGCUGGAAACCCAGCCCAAGGAGCUGGUGGCUGGGCAGCCAGCCCAUCUCCACUGCUCUAUUAGCAAGGUGUACCCACCCGGCUCCUUGACUCUGAGCUGGUAUCAGGGGGACCAGAGAUUGGAGAGCCCAGACCCUGAAGAAGCGGCUGAUGACGAGGAGCUGUUCAGUUAUGACUCUGACCUGGAGGUCCCAGGGGAGAAGGUGACGGAUGGCAUGGAGUUCAGGUGUGAGGUGGAGCUGCUGCUGCCAUCAGACAGGAGUUUCCACCGGGCCACAGCGGUGACUGUGAGCACAAAAGCUGCAGCAGAACAGCCCACAACUGAGUCAGUCACUGGCCAAGAGAAUCCCAGAACUGAGUCUCCGGCUACUACAGAGAACCCCCCUGCUACGGACUGCAGCCCCACAACUGGGCUUGGGGCUACUACAGGGAACCCUGCCACAGAACUGACUUCUGCAGUGAGCCCCACCGCAGAGUUCAUUGUCACAUCGCACAAGCCCAGUGCCAAAGCCACCUCUGUCCACUGGCUGGUGACCACAGAGACCCUCGCCACCGAGUCCAGGGCUGCCUCACAGCACCCCAGUGCAGGCACAGUCACAACAGACUGGAGCCCCAGCAGUGCCUCGAGUUCUGCUACAGAGAACCCCACCACAGGGGAUGUGGCUAGCACAGAGAACCCUCUGACCAAGAAAGCCACUAGUGACAGGAGCCCCAGAACAGAGUCUGUCUGCAACCUUCAGAUCAGGCCUGUCCCUCCUAAAGGGACCACCGGGGAAGCCCUGAAGAUCAUAUGCGAGGCAGAGUGCGGUGAGAAUGUUACCAUCAGGUGGUUGAAAACCCCUGUGGUGCUCUCUCAGUACCAGGAGGAGGCGUCUGAGGGCAAAUCCACCCUGACUGUUGACCGUGUAGGUCUCGACCACCAAGGGAUCUAUGAGUGCGUCAUGCUGAGCAGGAGACUCCAGGUGGCGAGACUCCACAUCGCUGUGUCUGCUGCUAUCUUCAGCACCGACUCCGCCAUCGUGGUCGGGACGGCAAGCUCUCUCCUGGGCCUGAUAGUGACAGCAUUUGCAUCACAUCGCCUGUGGCGACGACUCCACCCACCGGGCCUGAAGAGCCCUAAGGGGAACAGCGUUUAG